AGGAAAGUUGACUAAAGUCAGAGUGAAAGUUUUGCGGUUGUAGUUGUGGAUUGGGCAGAAUUAAGUGAAAUUCAAUUUUUACAGGUAGACACUUGAUAAAAAUUUAUUAAAAAUCAUGGAUUUUGUGUCUAUGGUUCAACCUCACGCUGCUAAUGGUUUAGAAUAUAUGAUACCAGAUUGGCUUAAUUCGGAGCAGAGCACAGGGACGUCAAUCAUGGCAUGUGAAUUUGAUGGUGGCGUCGUGAUAGGUGCUGAUUCGCGAGGAACAACAGGAGCUUAUGUUUCCAAUCGUUUUGCGGACAAACUGACAAGAGUAACCGAUAAUAUUUAUUGUUGUCGUUCUGGUUCGGCAGCAGAUACCCAGGCAGUUGCAGAUAUUGUAGCUUAUCAUUUGGGAUUACAUCAGAUGGAACUUGGAGAUCAACCUUUGGUGGAAACAGCUGCCAAUGUGUUUCGUGAAAUAUGCUACAAUUAUAGAGAUUCUCUGACAGCUGGUAUUUUGGUGGCUGGAUGGGAUAAAAAAAAAGGUGGUCAGGUCUACAGCAUUCCGUUAGGUGGUAUGUGUGUUAGACAAUCAAUUUCAAUCGGUGGAUCUGGCUCGACAUAUGUGUACGGCUAUGUCGAUGCACAAUACAAACCAAAUAUGACGAAGGACGAGUCUCUCAAGUUGGUACAAAACACACUUGCAUUAGCUAUGGCACGUGACGGUAGCAGCGGUGGCGUUAUACGAACCGGCGUGAUCACAGAGAAAGGAAUCGAGAGAAACGUCAUACUGGGCAAUGAAUUGCCGCACUUCUAUGAGGGGUGAAAAUUAACGUUGUCAUAUUUACUUGUCGCGAUGUAUGUUUAAAGUGUAUAUUUCUAAACAUUCGCACGUACUUUAUUUGUUCAUUAAAUUCAAAGGAGGGAAAUAUGA